CAUUUUAACUCCUCCCUACAACCCAAUCCCAUUCUCCAGAGAACAGAAAAGAAAAUGGCUUCUUCUCUUAUGGUCUCUCAAACUCUCACUAUCCGGAACCCAAUCAAUUUCCUUUCUCACCACCAUUCCACCACUGCGCUCUACCUCCCCUCCGCCCAUAACCGCCACCUCCUCGCCCACUCAAAACCCCAAGUCUUCUCUUUUCCUGCAAAGCCAAAUCCCUCAAAAUCAAGAAUCUCGGUCUCCGUUUCAGCAUCUCUCCGAAUCCCAGUAAUAGAAUCGUCCAGAGAUCAGAACCCAUCUCAAGAUUUGCUUUCCGGGUCGACUCGGACAGUCACGACCCUCUUGGCCACGGCCUUAACUGCGUCAAAAUUCUUGGCCGGCGGAAUCUUAGGCUUGGCUGUACAACUGAAAGCUCCAUUGGUUUAUAAGGCGGGGCCCGCAUUCUUUGCUGCAAUGAAGGACGUCCCUACGGGGUCGUUGAACACGCCGUUCACCGUGGUGGCAGCCGGAAUGGCGAAAUGGCUGGAUAUUUACAGCGGGGUUCUGAUGGUUAGGGUUUUGCUCAGCUGGUUUCCUAAUAUUCCCUGGGACAGGCAGCCGUUAUCUGCUAUUCGUGACCUAUGCGAUCCGUACUUGAAUCUUUUCAGGAAUAUAAUCCCUCCAAUUUUCGAUACACUUGAUGUUAGCCCACUUUUGGCAUUUGCUGUUUUGGGGACUCUUGGCUCAAUUCUAAAUAGCAGCAGGGGAGCUUACUGAGUAUUCUCUGAAGUUUUGUAGUUUGUGAUACUGAAAUUACUGCAAUUGUUGGUCUAUUUUGUUGGAGUGCAAUAGUUUCUGUACCAUGUUAUGAUCACAUAGAACCGGAUAAUUCAAAAGUCAAUUACUUGAAAUGCUUGAUAUGGCUAUAAACUUUUUUGUAUUUGUUACUCACUAAUUAUCUGUUGCAAGGGAAAAUCUAUAUCAUUUUAUUUUUU